UAGUCGGUACAGUAACUCCGGCGUUCGACCGGCCGCGCACUCCUGCCGUACCGCUGCAAAUUGUCUGCUAUCUGCUGGUUCUGGGAAUCGGCUGCACGCUACGGGACUCCACCAACCUGCUAACGUCCGGCGGAACAUGGGCGGACCGAAACGCUACCUGGCCGGCUGGCCCCAGCACCUCUUAUGCAUUACAUACAAACUUAACAUCUGUAUAACGGUCCUCUGAUAGACUGUAAGAAUGCUCUCGCCCUCUGGACUACGUCUCAAACGCGCUCUUCCAGCCCGGGUCGUUUUGGCUGCGGCGGUUCAGCCUACCCCGCGGGGAAAACAGGGAUUGCUGCGGGCUGGAAAGUCAGCAAAGCGGUUGCUCAAGAGCCGGAGAGACCUGAAGCGAGCGGGGUUCUCGACCAAGAAGGCUGCCGCGUUGCUGACGAUAUUCCCUUGCGCCGGCGACCUGGCCAAGCAGUCAUCAAUCGUUGAAUUCAGAGCAGAGAUAAAAGACCUGACCGCACGCAUUGAGAUGUUCCUUUAUCGGCAUGAUGCUGACGGCAAUCCUGGCAAAUUGACUCAGGUGCUCACCUCUUUCAUCCAUUGUGAACGGGCAACCCUGUUGGCAGACCUAAACCGAGUGCGGACUGAGUUUGAGUAUCAGGCCGCGGCCGCAGCGGCAGCCACCAAGGAGGCCCUGGGAGGCCCAAGGAGGCGCCAUCACGCUUCGGAGUGACAGCCAGGGCGCGCUCAGCCUUGCCCGCAACCAAAUCAUCACUUCGCCCGCUGCUGUCCAAGCACCACCGGGUGCCUGAGCGCGUGGCGCGCGGCGAGGUGGCGGUGAAGUGCUCGUGGUUGUUCGGGUUACUGCCCGACUGAGCUAGUCGCUGCGUGCGUGCUGACCAAGCAAGGCGCUGCAUGAGGCCAAGAGGUCAAGAUAUUCCGCACAGCGCUGAGUGUCAUGCGAGGGCUGCGGCCCGUGGAAGGGUUCGGUCAAGGAUAGGGCAAGUCGCUGCGGCGACAUAUCUAGCACACCUGCCGUGGACAGGGAGUGACCCUGAGUGACCAGGGCACCGGGGCAGCUGCAGUAGGUCAGCCAUGGAGCAACGGUUGCAUGCUGGGCUAACAAGUCAGCAGGGUUCUGCUGAGAGCAGUACUUUUGAGUCGCUGAAGACGGUACGGUGCUUCCGUUUGAGAGGGUAGCUUCCUCCCAGAGCCUCCCUGUGCUGUGCGUACUGUGCGGCGGUGCCUUCAGUGUUGUUGGCUGUUGCCGGCGGCGGUUAGCAGUUGGGCGUUUCGGCUAGAGCGGGAGUGAUGGUUGGUUGGGAGUGGCGGGCAGGAGACUCACGGCGGGGGCAUGCGGCCUGAAUCACCUGAUGGGCGAGACGUGUGUGGGAAAGGUGUUGUUGUGUAGCAGGCUUCUACUGAGCCGCUACACAUCAAUCACUCUGUCGCGUGAUCUGACAACUAUCUGAUCUGACUUUUAUACCGCGCCUGGCGAUAUGACAGGUGUCGGCCCUGCAUGGGCAGGUUUGCCUCGGAAGGUAGGGCCGGCGUGUUGCCCGGGGCACUAUGACGCUGCUAGGGCGUGUUUUGGUAACUGCACACGCUGCUGGCUCACCCCGCAAACUACCGUCAGCAUAGUGUGUGAAGCACCUAUUUGGGU